CAUUUAUAUUAAGUUACAGAUUUUUAUUAAUUAUGCAUUUAUCAUUUUUAUUUGCUAGGCAUACGGAGUGGCGUAAUAUGGUUAAAAAAGAAAGAAGAAGACGAAUUCGAACUUUAAAGGCAAAAGAAAUAGAAUCAUCACUUGAGUAUCAAAAUUGGUAUAAAGAACAAGAGGCAUUAGAGUUACUUGAGGCUGAACAAAUCGAAAAAUCAAAUAAGAUUGAAAAUGACAAAUGGGUUCAAGCUGAGCUAGUAGCAUUAGAGGAAUGGAAAAAAAUACAGAUCAAAAAUGAAUCAUUACUCCAAAAGAAACUUCAACAGCAAGCUAAAUUAAAAUUAGAAUGGGAAUUGGAAAAACAAAAGAGAGAAAGAGAAGCAGUGCGGUUAAAAGAAAUUGCAGAGGAAAAUAGAAAAAGACAAGAAAUAUUUAUGAACAAUUUAGAGAAAUUUUUAAAUGGUGAUUUAAUGGAACCUCCUAAAGAACUUUUGAUUUUAUAUGAAAGUAAACCAAAUUGUGAACCAUGUCCUUUCUUUACUAAAACUGCAUGUUGCCGUUUUGGUGAUGAAUGUUCUAGAAAUCAUAAAUAUCCUGGAAUAAGCAAAAUCCUUUUAGCUGCAAAUAUGUUUGGACAUUUUGGAUUAGAAAAUGCUAAUUACAAUGAGUAUGAUACUGAUAUAAUGUUGGAAUAUGAAGAUACAGACACAUACAAAGACUUCAAAGAUUUCUUUUUAGAUAUUUUACCAGAAUUCCAGAAAUUUGGGAAAGUUGUGCAGUUGAAGGUGUGUAAUAAUUAUGAGAAACAUCUUCGUGGUAAUACAUAUAUAGAAUAUGCUGAUAUCCGUAGUGCUGUUCAAGCUUAUCGUGCUUUACAUUCACGAUGGUAUGGCGGCAAGCAACUUUCUCUACAGUUUUGCCAGCUUCUGUCAUGGAAUUAUGCCAUAUGUGGAUUACAGUCUAGUAAAAGAUGUCCAAAAGGUAGAGCAUGUAAUUUUCUUCACGUUUUUAAAAAUCCUGUGAGACUACAUGAGGAAAAUCGACAUUCUGAAAGGCCCAGAUCGACAUCAUCUCGAUCUUGGAGAUGGUCCGAAUCACCAGAACGACCUGUAACUAAAGAUAAGGAAAUAGAAAAACAUUCUAGAAGAAGUUCUGAAAGUAAGCAUCGACGACAUCGAUAUCAUCGAUCGAGUUCUUAUCGAAAAAGAGAUGGCUGAAAUAAAAUAUUAAAAAUUA